AUGUCUGCUCAAAUGCCCGGAGUACAAUUGGCAAGGACGGUCACUUCAGCUGCAGCGCUUGGGUUCGUGCCAGUGGCAAUCAAGCUCGGCUUGUUCGACCUUCUGGUCGAGAUUGGGAAACCUGCCCGCGGGAAAGAAGUCCUCAUGGUGUACGAGAAAUCUGCGUGCAGUGACAGGCAAAGCAUGCCGUGUCUCCAGUUGAUCGACGAUACCUUAUACGCCUUGGCGGGACUCGGCUUUGUGGACAUGACAGUUGAUUCCGUCUGGUCCGCCAACGACAUUACCCGGCACUUAGUGCAUACACCUUCGGCUGAGCACGGAGCGUUGCACUUUGGUGGCUAUCAAUACCUAUUCGAGGAGCUCCAGACACCAUUGCAGUUUGCAUACCAAAAGAUGGGCAAUGACGAGCUCGCGCAACAGCAUACCUAUAAUAUUAUGGCAGCCGAAGGACGAAUGGACAGCUUCAAUCGCUUCAUGGUGGGCAAAUUCAUGAAGACCGCCACCGCUUCGGAGCGUCUGGCGCGGCUUGGAUACCACCUCAAAUCACUUCUUCAGGACGCCAAGUCUCGCCGCGUCAUCGCGAUGGUGGACAUUGGUGGCGGCCGCGGGGAAAUGAUGCUAGAGUUCAAACAGGCCUUUGCCGACUUACGCGACAAGGAUCUGGUAGUCCAGGAGUUCAACCAUGAAAUCAGUGAAUUCCCGGGCCUUACGCUCUCCAUAUGA